CCCCCAAAAAAAUUCUGGAAAAACCCUAGUUCAUCCCUAAAACCGCCAAUUGCACCCACAAUUGAAGCUCCAACAAAAUCAGAAACCCUAAAUCAUCGAAAAAUCGAAAAUGAAGAAAUUGUUCGAUGAUGUUGAUGACGAUGAUGUUGAGAAGAUAUCGAAGAUUGAGGUAGACAAGGAAUUCGCGAAGCGAUAUGAGCAUAACAAGAAGAGAGAGGAAUUGCAGAAAUUGGAAGAGAUGGAGAAGAAGGGACUUGUUCCUGAUUCUGGGUCUGAUUCUGAGUCUGACACUGAUUCUGAAUCGGAAGUUGUUGAUGUUGUGAAAGCAGCGAAAGAGGAGAGGAAGUUACUGGAAGCAUUGAUGAAGGUUAGGAAUAAAGAUCCGAGUUUGAAGCAGCAGGAUUCGAAGUUGUUUGAGAGUAGCAGUGAUGAAGAAGAUGAAGAUGAAGGUGAAGGGAGGAGAGAGAAGAAGAAGAAGAAGCCGAAGUAUUUGAAGGAUGUGAUUGCUGAGCAAUUGAUUGAGCGAGGUCCUGAGUAUGAGGAGGAGGAGGAGAGAGAAGUUGGGAGGGUGAAGAGUUAUAAUGAGGAGCAGAAGGAUUUGAGGAAGGAGGUGUUGAAAGCAAUGGCGGAGGCAGAAGGCGAAGGCGGGGGCGAAGACGAAGGCGAGUUGUUGUGGGAGAAAAAGAGGGAUGAGGAGGAGGAGGAGGAAGGGGAGGAUGAUGAGGAGUUGAAUAAGAAAUUGGAUGAGUAUUUUGGAGAGGACGAUACAUUGGGUGAGAAUGAUGUGUUUUUGAAGAAUUAUUUGAAGGAGAAGUUGUGGAUUGAUAGUGAUAAAGGGAAGAGUAAGGUGAAUUUGGAUGAAUUAGCCGAGUUAUCAGAUGAUGAGGAGGCAAUUGAGAAGCAGGAGGAGUAUGAGAAGGGGUUUAAUUUUCGGUUUGAGGAGAAUGCCAGUGAUCGAGUUUUGGGACAUUCACGGAUAGUGGAUGGUUCGGUGAGGAAGGAGACGAAUGCGAGGAAGAAUCAGAGGGAGAGGAAGAAGGAGAGGCUGGCACAAGCUGAGAUUGAGAGGCAGGAGGAGGUUAAGAGGUUGAAGAAUUUGAAGAGGAAGGAGAUUCAGGAGAAGCUUAGUAAGAUUAAGGAGAUUGCGGGUAUUGAUAAGGAUAUUCCUUUAGAUGAGGAUGAUUUGGAGGAAGAUUUCGAUCCUGAGAAGUUCGAUAAGAAGAUGAAUGCUGCAUUUGGGGAUAGGUAUUAUGAGGAAGAGGAUGUUGAUCCUGAGUUCGGGAGUGAGAGUGAGAGUGAUUUGGAGAAGCCGGAUUUUAAGAAGGAAGAUGAGUUGCUUGGAUUGCCUGAGGAUUGGGAUGUGACUAAAUCGAAUGACGGGUUUUUUGCUGAAAGGGAAAGGUUGAAGAGUAUAGCCGAGGAUGGAAGUGAUGUUGAUGGAGGAGAAGAUGAUGAUGAACAAGUAGAUGAGGGUAAGAAGAAGAGGAAGAGGAAGAAGCCUGCCAUUAAGGAAGCUCUUGAUAAGAAGCUUGAAGAGGAACUUUAUAAGCUUGAUUAUGAGGAUAGUAUCGGAGAUUUGAAAACCCGGUUUAAGUACAGGGAAGUUAAGCCCUCGAAAUAUGGAUUGAGUGCAGCCGAUAUUUUGAUGUUGGAUGAGCAGGAGUUGAAUCAGUACGUUUCGUUGAAGAAGCUUGCGACUUAUAGGGAGAAGGAGUGGAAGGUGCCUCAAAUUCAGAAGAAGAUGUUCUUCGAGAAAGUUGUGAAUGAUAAGAUGAACCAGAAGAAGAGAAAGAGAAGGGAUAAGGGUGAUGUUCGUGAAACGAAUAAUGAGAAGGAAUCUGUAGAUGCUGGGAAAGCACAAAGUGAGGAGCCGAGUGUUGAUGAGAGCCAGUUGUCUCGAGCAGCCAGGAGGAGGCGCCGGAUGAAGGAGAAAAAGCUGCCUGAAUCAAGGCUUGUUGCUUAUGGAAAAGUGCCAUCCAGUUCUAAGAACAAGUCAAAGAGUUAAACCUGUGAGAUGAGUCAGAGGAGCAAUCUUUGAAACAAAUUUGAAUUCAUUGCCGCAAUCUCUGAAACAAAUUUGAAUACUUUGCAGCGAUCCUUGAAACAAGUUUUGGAUUACUGUGAUCAAAGUAAGCAGAUAACUGUGGAUUUAUGAAGUUCCUCUCUUUGGCUAUAUCUGCUAAACUGCAGUUCUUGGAGCUAAUGUUUGACAAUGAAUUUUUGUUCCCCACCCUUCAAAAUAUAUAGGCCUUGUCUAACUUCAUUGUUCAAAGUCUGUACUUUGCCUGAUCAAAUGUUGUAUGGAAUGUUGAGUUGGAUAAACAUUUUUUUUUUUAAUUUAUACAAAUUGUUUUCUUGAGAUGGUUA